AUGGGAGGUGAUCCGCAAAAUGGAACUAUAGCUGACCUGAGGAACGGGAACCUGGGUUCGGUCUCCAUAUCCAAACAGGACCAUGAGCAUCAACAUCAACAUCAACAGCCACCAGCAAUCCCUCACAUCACAGCGAAUCUAAUACCUUUAUCAAACAUCCUCAAGUUUUACGCCCAAGAAGCAUACAAACAAUUAACAGCAGCCAUAGAGAACCUAUCAACCAAUGUCGAAGACGAAUCCGACGUGAGGCGCAAAAAGUACUUUCUCGAUAUAAUUGUUUCCCUCCGACAAGAUCUCCUCAAAGUGUACACUUUAAUCAAAUGGGCCAGUGUAUCACAAGACGUUUCCAAACUCAUUGAUUUACUAAAUUGGUUCCGAUUACAAGAUUUCCAAUUUGACCAUCUAAUGCACCAAUUGGCAGGAUUAAGUGGGUUUGGUGGUGCCAAAUUACCCAAUUUUGAUAUCGAAACUGCUUUGGAAGUGUUUUACAAAAAAAGACCCAUUUUACCGUCGCACAACUAUCUAGAGCAACCGAAAGUUAGUCUGCGUAAAGUGUUGGAAGUAUUGCAAGAUUUGAACUUGGCCUUGAUGACUAAAUUCGCCUUGAUUGAAGUACCUAAGCAAUUUGAAUUUGAAAUCAAGGAUGGUCGUGCUUACAUUGAUGUUGCUAAAGAAUUUCAAGUAUGUGUCACUAUGGCUAAUGAUGAUUUGAAUCAAGAGUCUCCCUUUUACAUGAUUGAUUUCAAGUUUUUAUUUGGUAUUGAUCAGAACGAAACUUUGGCCACUUUUGGUGCAAAUGACCCAGUGGUUACGAGACUACCGACGCAAUCGUAUACCAGGUUGGAAAAAGUGGCUAAUCGAGUUUUGAGUGUGCUGGGAUUGCAUGGCUUGUACGACUUGUUACACAAGUAUGCAAUUUUUUUCAAGGUGUACCUCGUUUACAAACAAAUUCGAAGUUUGUUGAGUACGUUGAAAUGGAAAAAUAGUUUGCAAAUCAAGUAUACGAUGGGGAGCUCUUUGAUUGUGGUGAACUAUUGGUCACUGCAUUUUUUGAAUUCAAAUUGGAAGUCGUUUAUUGAGAUUGGAAUUGAUCGGAGUUUCAACUUGACUUAUAGAUGGUAUCGAAAUGGGGAAUAUGUCAGUGAUGAAACUGUGAAGACGAUUGUGCAAAACCGAGAAGAAGAAGAAGAAGAAGGGGAUGAUGUUGUUGGCGAGGGGAAGAAAGAAGGCGAUGAGAGAGAGCGUGAUGGAAUGGAUGACGACACCGAUUCUCUCUUUAAAGAGGGGAGCGGUACUGGGACACCCAAAAACAAUGUGAAUUCAUCCACUGCUGGCGUCCAUAUUGAAUCAAUCAUUUGCUCGUUCAUGAUAUCACAUUCUGCAGGUAUUAUGAAGACGAUCUUCAAGCUUCUAAGGUCUAAGACCACUGGAAGUAUUGCAAUGAUUGAUGCCCAUCGAAUCCAGUUUUCCGUGUCACCGAAAAAAGUUGCUGUGUUGGCUAUCAACCCAUUAACGGGGUUACUAUAUUUCAUUAAUCCCACGCCCAUUCAAAACCGGUUUUUGAAACGAAUCAAUUCCCCGCCGCCAUUGUUCUCGAAGCAACAACAACAACAACAACAACAACAACAGCAGCAGCAGCAGCAGCAUCUUGUCACAGAGCAUGGUUUUGCUGAGGGCGUUGUCUUCGUACUACAGCAAUUGAUGUUGGAGACAUUCACCAGAGAGGUUAAUAAUUACUUGUUCACUACCGAAUGGAUCCACAAUAGCAUCAUUAAGUUGAAUGACGUCGAAGUGGGCCAUUUAUUGGAGUCGAUUGAUAAAACGAAUACCAGGGACCAGAUAACGGUUCAGUUUUUCCGUCGAAAGCAUUGGCCAUCCACUUGGUUUCUCAUAGUUUUGGUGAAUGGGUUGACUUCAACUACCGCGUGGUGGGUGGCACGUAUCAAAUCGGUUGAUGCUAAUUGGGUGAUUACCUAUUUGCAAAAUUUGGUGUACAAUCCCAAUUUGGAUUAUCAGUUUUUCAAAGAUUUGGGAUAUUCAACGUUUAAAAAGAUCAUUAAUCAUGUAAUUUUGGAUGAAUUGCAUGCCAAUGGGAUUACAUAUGAUUAUGUUUUGGGUGAUGGUGAAAAAGAAGAUGGGGACAAUGUAAAACAGGUCAAGGCCGAACUUGCUGAUCUUGGUUUGACAAUUGCAGUUCCUGUUGGGUCAGGAAAUGGAUUUGACAGUGGCGACAGCAGCAUCGAAGGCGGUGGCAAUGAGGGUCCAGUCUCUGUGAUUUACAAAUCAAUUAUCAAAUUGCAAAAUACAAAUUUGAUCCCCGUUGAGAAUUCGUCACUGCAUUUCUACUUGCAGGUGCAACUCAUCAAUAGAGACAAUGUCAUCAAGAUGGAUUUGAACUUGUAUGGUAAAUUGAAAAACACGUUUGUUAAAAACUCGCCCGAAUUGGCCAAGUUUAAUUUAAAGAUAGAUCAUGACAAGCACAACCUCGAGAUUGCGACUGAGGUUGAUUUGAACAUGAUCAUCAAUGACGGUUUGCAACAGCAGCAGCAAUCGCAACAGCAACAGCAACAAUCACAAUCACAAUCACAAUCGCAGUCUCAUCUACACCAAAAGCAAGGCUUUUUGGAUCCCAUUUUUGAUAAUUUGCAUAAAUUGAACAACUUGCUUCAAAUUCUUGACCAGUUGAAUCAUCACCAUGUGCAAAUCUUGGACAAUUCAAUGGACAGCAUGGUGAUCAAGGUGAAUGACACCAUUGAUAAACUAUUGAUUCAAUUACCUUUGAAUCCCCAGGAUGCGAUUAAGAUUAGUACUGUGGAUACAAAACCCUGGGAGAUUGAGCUUAUUAUCCACUUCUUGAACCAAUAUUUGCAACUGACGAAAUCAAAUAGUAUUGUGCGUGUGCUUCAUUAUCUUGAUGAGUUUGAUCCAGUUUAUCAUGCCGUAAAAAAGGUGCAAGCAUUGCUCAAUGGCCGAGACACCACCUCCCAGUCCAAUUCCAACGUGAAUGGUACCAGCAAUGGCAAUGGAUUUGUUGGUGAGAAUUUUAAGUUGAGUAAUGGACUAAACAAGAUACACUUUGAUGCCGUUUUCAAAAACCUCAAUCUGAUUCAGUUCAUGUUCAAUCUAUCUUCAACCAUAGCCAAUUCGCGCAAGAUUCAAAAGGACAAAAUCUUGAUUUCAUUAUCAUUCAAGAAAAACAAAUUCAAUUCAAGUGGUUUAAAUUCACCAAGCGGUGCCAGUAACAACAACGGCAAUCAUCACGAUUUAAUCAAGGUAUCAUUAAAGAACAACCUCAAUUUGAAAAAUGUCAAGUUCAAACAAUUGUUUGAGUUGAUCUUCAAAAGCAUCUCUGAAAUGGAACGGAAUGAACGCGAUGAAGUGAUCAAUUUGCAACUGAGUCAUUUAUUGAUUAAAUUGAAUUAUGACUUCUUGAUUAGUUGUAAUAUGGUUGAAGAAAUGAUGGAGCGGAUUGCGAAAUGUUUUAUCGAGUACUUGAGACAAGAGUCAAGGUGA